UUGAGGAUCUUUCUCACGGAAAAAAGUGGGUGGUGGCGAGACGAGGCGAGGCGACCCUCCAUGUUUGUAGCCAUCUCUUUCGUUCCGCACGAACCUCUAGGUCGUCCUGUCAUAGGCUUCACCUGAAAGUGGUCGAGUAGACUGGAUUCCGAGUCAAGGAGGCUGUCCGUUUCAUGUUAGGUCCCCUUUCCGCUGGCUCCCUCUCCGUUGCUCCCUUGGCGCUAGGCGCCCCUCUUCAGUCCCCCAUUCAUCCUCGGGUCUAGAGUUCCUCCCUCCCUCCUCCGUGCGGCGGAGACGAAGCGCGACUGGAAGAAUAAGAGAAACGACGAAGAAUCCUCUUAUAAGGUUCGCCAGAUUCGCCAGAUUCGCAUCCUCUCAGGCUCUUUUGAGCGAGCAGAGAUAGGGCCUAACUUUCUGGGCGGCCGCUGAGGCGUGCACUGUUAGACUGUACUAGCAGUCGCACGUCAGACGGCUGAGGCCUAGAUAGCGUUCCUGUAAUUUCAGACUAUAGUGACGAAUGGCGUUUCUAGGACUGGGUAGCCGACGGCCCGCGAACCGUUCGGCGCCCGAGUGGUCCUUCCUUGAGUAGGGUCGCACUUGAGUAGGGUCGCGUGGCGCUUCGAGUACUGCGUCUGCGAGGGCCCGUGCUUAACGCGUGGUCCUUCCCUGAGUAGGGUCGCAUGGCGUGUAGGGCUGAGUAGUCUCAUUUAUCACCGACGGCACGCGCGCUGCUACUGCCUUUCCGAGAUUCUCCAAAGGCUAGCGCCAUCGCGUCGCUUUUGCAACGUCUCAAGCCUCGCGAAAAAAAGAAAAAGAAAAAGAAAAAGAAAAACUCAAAAAGUGUAACACACUUGAGGGCGAUGGGCAACAAGGUUGCAAAGCGGCGGUAUGCGGUGGAGGAGCAGUACACGCACCCGCAGGGGCUGUACCCGCACCGCGACAUCGACCUCAAGAAGCUCCGCCGCCUCAUCCUCGACGGCAAGCUCGCGCCCUGCCACGUGGGCCACGACGACCCCAGCAGCGACCUCGACGAGUGCCCCAUCUGCUUCCUGAACUAUCCAAGCCUGAAUCGAUCAAGAUGCUGCAAGAAGGGCAUGUGCACAGAGUGCUUCCUUCAAAUGAAGUCGCCCACGGCCUCCAGCAUCCUGCAAUGCCCGUUUUGCAAGGCCCCAACGUUCUCUGUGGAAUUCCGGGGGAAGCGCUCCGCAGAGGAGAGGCACGUGGAGAUGGAGGAGGAGCAGAAGGUGAUCGAAGCCAAGAUACGGAUGCGGCAGGAGGAGGAGGAGGCGUAUGCAGCACGGGUGGCUGAACGGGAGGCAGCCGAUGCUGCAGCCAUCAGCCAGUCACUUGCCGCCAUCACCAGCCAUACUGCAGCAACACCGCCCCUCUCCCUCCUCCCAUCCUCCACCUCCUCCUCCUCCUCCGCCCUCCCUCCCGCCACCCCCCCUCCCUCACGCACCCCUCCAACACCCCCAUCUACUGCUGCUCACAGCACUUCCACUACUGCUGCUGUUGCUUCUUCUGUGAGUGCUUCUGUAGCAGCAGGAGAGGAAGCAGGAGAAGCAGCAGGGGAGACAGCAGCAGCAGCAGCUGGUAGCAGCAGUGACACAGGCACAGGCGUUCUCCGAUCCUCCCUCCAGCUCUCGGACUCCACCUCCUCCGCCUCUCGAGGGGGGGGCAUAGGCCGCUCCUCAUCGCACCGACAAAGCAACAGUAGCAGCGGCCGGGGUGGUAACCAGAUGGCAGGUUACAACUGGUGGGAGGGCUCGUUCUCGGGGGGAGGAGGAGGGGGGACGGGGGGAGGAGUGCGGCCCAAUCAGCUGCAUCUUCCUGGAGGGGGCGGUGCGGGGAGUGCUGGUACUGGUGCUGGUGGGGGAGGAGGGGGGCGAGGAGGAGGAGGGGGAGGGGGGCCCGGAGGAGUGGGAGAGGGGGAAGCAGCCGCUGGCUUUCCUGGCUUCUGGCAAGGGAUGGGGGGUGCGGGAGAUGACGAUGAUGAUGAUGGGGAUGGGGAUGCUGAUGGUGGUAUGGGUUAUUCCAUGCUCUACCGCAACAUGGCACACCAUCGCAUGCAGAUCGAACGAGCCCGCCGCAGCGCAGCCGCUGCCGCCGCCGCCGCCGCCGCUGCUGCUGCUACUACUGGUGCUACUGCCGGUGCUACAACUGCCUCUGUCUCCUCCCCUACUGGAAGCUCCAGCAGCAGCACCCGAGCCUGGUAUCCAGGCUCGGCAGAAGGGGCAGGUUCGGCAGGGGGGCUUAGGGCUGGUUCGGGAAGAUAUGGCGGGUCAGGGUCAGGAAGAGGCGUGGGAGUGGUAGGGGGAGGUUUGGGAGGAGGUGUGGGUUCCACAGGUGCUGCCACGGGUGCUACCACUGGUGCUGGCAGUAGCCAUGGCUCCACUGUUUCUCCCAGAAUCUCUCCCUCAAGGGCGGGGGAGUUGGGUGUGGAUCUCGAGGAGCUGCUGCUUAUGGAGGCCAUCUGGCUCUCCCUCCAGGAUCAAGAGGAGGCGGCCCGACGCUCAUCGGCGUCAGCACCAGCUGCAGAUGCUGCAACUACUGCAUUUGCCACCAUUCCUGCCACUACAGCUGCAGGUUCUGUCUCAGCAGCAGCAGCAGCAGCAGCAGCAGCAGCAGGCACCUCAGCAGCAGCAGAUGGAUCACCAGCAGCGGCAGAAGACAAUGCGACAUCAACAGCAGCAGCAGCUGUAGCAGCAGCUGUAGCAUCGGGUUGUGCUGCAGCAAGCUCUCACUCGGGUUAUGAUAGCCAGCGUGAGAGCCAGGUCCCCGCCACUGCAGCAACGGCAGGAGCGGCACAGCGGCAGCAGGUAGCCCAGCAGGCAGAUCAGCAGGAGGAGGAUGUUAUUGAGAGCUUUCUUAUGCAGGGAGGAGGGAUGGCUCUUGAGAGUGACUUGGGGGGUGGCAGGGAGAGCACUCUUUUUAGUGCUGAUGUUGCGGAUCUUGGUGGUUCUUCCAAUAGAACGGAGGGGGAGCGAGUAGGCGCUGUGCCUUUGCUAGUUCCUGACGAUUUCGAAGGGCAAAUGCGGCUUGCGCUGGCGCUUUCCCUUAUGGAAGCCGAGCAGGCAGCAGCUGCUGAGAGGGGGAGUAGCGAUUCCAACCAAGCCAGCCAAUCUUAGCAUGUGUUGCUUGGAUUUCUGUAUCAGUUUCGAAGGGUAUGGUCCUAGGUUAUGGAGUUUCAUUUCUUGCAAGUCUCACGUAUGGCUCUAUUAUAAGUUGAAAUCAUCUUUCAUUUGUGGA